UGAUUGUUGCUGUAUUUAUCUCACUUUACUGAAAAGAUUUUUGUAAAGCGCACCACUCUGAUGGUGGGUUAAAAACGCUUUAUUUUUUGACUAGAAUCUGAAGAUGGCCCGCCGUCGCUGCCCGAUGCUCUCUUUCAUAUUUAUUCUUUUUUUGUUUGGAGGCUGGUGCUACACCUUAACAGUUGCAAACCAUGAUAGCUGUCGGCGUCUCAAGUUCUUGCAACAGAAAGAUGGAUAUGGAUUGGUGGGCCACGUAUUUAAAAACAUUUUAUCACCAGUCGGAAUGAAUAUAUAUAGUCACUGCAGAAAUUGGUGUACUAUGGAAGACAGAUGUAAAUCGAUCAACAUGGGACCCUCAGGAGAAAAAGAUGAAGUUUUGUGUCAAUUGAGUGACUCGGACCACUUGCAACACCCAAACGAUCUGAAAACGAUGGCAGGUUUCAUGUAUAGGGGCACGCAGAACAAGUGUUGUUUCAACAUGUGCUACAACAAUGCAACUUGCUUGGUUGGAUUUACGGACAAGGGAUACAAGUGUGUGUGUCCACCUGGUUACAUGGGAGACCACUGUGAAAAAGAUGUAAACGAGUGUUCCACCAAAACCCACAACUGUGAUGUCAAUGCUGAGUGCAAAAAUACCGAAGGUUCUUUUAACUGCAGCUGCAAGGUUGGGUUUAAUGGCGAUGGCAAAAAAUGCACAGAUGUAGACGAGUGUACCAACAAUACCCACAACUGCGGCGUUAAUGCUAAGUGCAACAAUACCGAAGGUUCUUUCGACUGCAGCUGCAAGGUUGGGUUUAAUGGCGAUGGCAAAAAAUGCACAGAUAUAAACGAAUGUGCCACCGAUGCCCACAACUGUAGUGUCCAUGCUCACUGUAAUAAUAUCGAAGGUUCCUUCAACUGCAGUUGCAAAGAAGGGUUUAAUGGCGAUGGCAAGAACUAUAUAGACGAGUGUAUCAGUAACACCCACCGUUGUCACAAAAGAGAAAUUUGCAAUAACACGGAUGGUUCCUACUCGUGCGAAUGCAAAAGCGAGUUUAACUGCACUUUCAAAGCCGUUUUUACAAACCUCGACACCAGUGGAAGAAUUGGUCCAACAACGCUGGGCAGUCACUACACAGGACAGGAUCAUGACGGACAGGUUACGCUGUCCAGCGGCGUUCAACAGUGGACUGUGCCGUACACUGGUGAUUACAGAAUAAAAGCAAUAGCAGCUGCUGGAGGGUACGAUAUACAAACUAACAGUAUUCAGUACCAAGGAAGAGGAGCAAGAAUGAUAGGAACGUUCCGCCUAAACAAGGGUGAAGUCAUUCAGAUACUUGUUGGUCAAGAAGGAGGAAUAAACACGGAAUUAUAUUCUUCUGGAGGUGGUGGAGGAACUUUAAAACUUAGCAAAAUGAAUAGAGCAGCAAAGUGUGCUGCUUUUAUCUCUGACUUACCGCAGCAUUCUCCAAAUUUGGGUGCGCUCGACCUGUCCUUCAUCCCUUUACACAGAGGCGUGAGUCAUUUCGCUGAGAAUCUUCAUCACGUGCCACAGUUGAUGAAAUUAGAGUUGUGGGAUGUACAAAUGGGAGAAAAGGAAUGUGCGGCACUGGCUGCCUCAUUAAAGUACUUAAACAGGUUAGAAGAACUGAAUAUACGCAAGAAUGCCCUGGGUCACGGGAUUAUUGAACUGGCCAAGAACCUCAACAAUGUACCUAAUCUGACUGAGCUGGACCUGACGAAUACAAAUAUGAGUGAAGAUGAAGCAUCAGCACUGGCUGCCUCAUUAAAGUACUUAAACAAGUUAGAAAAACUGAAUAUAGACGACAAUGCCCUGGGUCACGGGAUUAUUGAACUGGCCAAGAGCCUGAACAAUGUACCCAAUUUGACUAAUCUGGAGCUGAGCGAUACAAAUAUGGGUGAAUAUGAAGCAGCAGCACUGGCCCAUGCUCUAAA